CUCAUGUAGUAGACAUUGUAGUAUGAUUUCUUCCCGGGCUCUGGAAUUUAGAGUUUUGGUCACAUUGUCUUUUGCAUUUGUUUUUCGCAGACAUGGUUACAAUCGCAGAAAGAAUGGCCACCGUGAAACAUAAGAUAUUGGUCAUGUCCGGAAAGGGAGGUGUUGGCAAGAGCACAUUUUCUGCCCAGCUGGCAUUUGCUUUAGCUGCAAGGAAUUUUAAAGUUGGUCUUCUUGACAUAGACAUUUGUGGUCCAAGCAUUCCAAAGAUGCUUGGUCUAGAAGGUCAGACGUUUCACCAGGGCAAGUUUGGGUGGUCACCUCUCUAUGUGGGGUCUAAUCUGGCAGUUAUGUCAUUUGGGUUUGUAAUUUCUUCAGAUACACCUGCUAUAUGGAAAGGUCCUCGCAAAAAUGGACUUAUCAGACAGUUUAUAAAAGACGUUUAUUGGGGUGAACUUGAUUUUCUGAUUGUUGAUAAUCCACCUGGAACCUCAGAUGAACAAAUUGAAAUUGUUCAAGGCCUUGGUGCUGCUAACAUAGAUGGUGCAAUCAUAGUUACCACUCCUCAACAAGUCUCUCUUAUUGAUGUGAAAAAAGAAGUUAAUUUUUGCAAGAAAGUUGGAGUGAAAGUUCUUGGGGUUGUAGAGAAUAUGAGUGGUCUAUCUCAGCCCAUCUCAAAUUUAAAGUUUAUCAAGAUUACAGAUAAUGGUGAGAGGAAAGAUGUUACAGAAUGGACAUUGGAAUACAUGAGAGAAAAGGCGCCUGAAAUACUGAAUUUCAUUGCCAACAGUGAAGUAUUUGAUAGUAGUGGUGGUGGAGCGAUAAAGAUGUGCAACGAGAUGAAGGUACCCUUUCUUGGUAAGGUUCCUUUAGAUCCACAGCUUUGCAAGGCAGCUGAAGAAGGUAGAUCAUGUUUUAAAGAUAAACACUGCGUUGUCAGUGCUCCAGCAUUACAAAAGAUAAUAGACAAGCUGAUGGAAACUAUCGGGUUGUCAACGACCGUAAGUAGUGUAGUGUAGGAAAUUACUUCAUGUUCAUCUUUGUAAAUUGAAACCUAAUUGACCGAAAAUUCAUUUUCUUUAUUUAAGCUACGUAAAAUUAAAAUAUAUGGGAUCGAGGUAGUUUGGGCACAAGUAUUGUUUUCUAGACAGCUACUGAUACAAUGUAGUUUACAUUCAAAAAAAUUUAUGCUGAAUAUUCUCUAUUUUGUUUGACAUUGUCAAAUAAAUAAAACUACUGAGUUUUGUCACUUGCUGCUUUGUUUUGAAUUCUCAAAUGUGUUGUACAAAUUAUACUUCCUGUAAUGAAAAAAUUGAGGGACAGAAACCAUUAAGAAUGUGUUUUGGCACACUUGGGUUGUCUACGGCAGAUCAUACACAUUUUCUACGAAAGUCCAAAAGCUAAAAAGGUAUAGAUUCUAAAUCAGAUAUUGGAGUUAUUGUUAUAUUAAAAAUAAAAUUGGGUUACCCAGAAUAACUUUUUAGCCAAAUGAAAUUUCUGGGAUUAUAGUGGGUGUUUUGUCAUGUUUUCUAUAAAGGGGUGUUUUGUCUUUUGAGAAAGCAUAAGUCUGAAAAGAAUAUGAAAAUUAUAUUCUAUUAAAGUAUUUUUUAAUAACAUAUUAACGAAUAUUAUUCAAAGACAGAAAUGAGCAGGGAAG